GAGCAAACCAAUGAUCCUUCGUUUCUUCCUUCGCCUUCCUUCUUCGAUUUCAUCAAUCACCCAGCAGAACAUCCGAUCUGCCCCUCCUGUUGGGUUCUCACGAUUUCUAGGGUUUGCGAGGAGCCCCUCUAAGGAGAUAUUCUAUUUUUUCCCUUUGGCUUCAAAAGGGGUAGUUGGAUCCUGUAGCUGCUUAAUAAUGACCUCUAGCACGACAGGAGAUCGAAGAUGGGGUACUACAAGAAGAAGUGGCAUGACUAUAUUGGGAAAGGUUGCUGUUCCAAAACCGAUUAACUUACCAAGCCAAAGGUUAGAGAAUCAAGGCCUUGACCCCAAUGUGGAAAUUGUUCCAAAGGGAACCCUUAGUUGGGGCAGUAAAUCAUCUCUGAAUGCGUGGGGGACAUCAUCAUUGUCACCACGAACUGAAAGUGGCCCUGGUUCACCAAGCCACCUUAGUAAUCGCCCUUCUUCUGGUGGAAGUGUCACUCGACCUUCAACCGCUGAUAGUGACAAAGGGCAUGAUUCUUCUUCUAUUGCAUCGAACUCCCGGCCUUCAUCAGCAUCCGGGGUGUUUCCAUCUAAUCAGGCGUCAGUUGCACUACAGCGUCCGCAUAGUGCAGACACAAGACCUGGAAGUUCCCAGUUAUCCCGAUUUGCCGAAGCCGUGUCAGAGACUUCUGCUACAUGGGGUCAACAUGGAGUUGCUCCAACAAAAACUGAUGGGUUUUCUUUGACUUCUGGAGAUUUUCCUUCCCUUGGUGCUGAAACAGCAAGUUCCGAGAAGAGCACAAUGCCACAAGUGGAUACGUUAGACAUGGCUCUGAGAAAUUACGAUUCUGCAGAUGCUGGACCUCGCGCGCGUCCUGCAUCUUCGUCUGGAAGAUCUGUGGAAGACCGAGGUGUGGAUUCCGCAGAAGAAGCUAAUGUACGGAUUGGAGAUGCCAAUGCCUGGAGAAGAGAUAAUCAGUCAUACAAUGAAGAUGCACCUAGACAUUGCAGAGAAGAAGGGAAAUUUGACUCCCGUGGUUCACAAUCUUAUCCUAAUGCUAGUUUUCCUCAUCAGUAUGAUGCUUAUCGUGGUCCUCCAGUAAAUAAUCAUCAAGGUGGUGGCUGGUACAGAGAGAACCACCCAUAUGGUGCCCCAAUGGGCCCUGGGAGUUUUCACAUGGAUCCUUUUCCAUUUUAUCCGACGCAUGUUCCACCUGUUCCCGGACAUGGGGCUGGUCCUAGGGGUAAUCACCCUACUGAUGGAAAGAUGUUUAGACCUCCAAUGCUUGACUCUUAUGUCCACCCAAGAAUGCAGACUGGGCCUGGGUUUUAUCCUGGACCAGUGCCACAUGAAGGCUACUAUGGUCCUCCCAUGGGGUACGGCAGUCCCAGCCACAGAGAACUACCUUUUGCAGGUAGGCCUGCUGGUCCUCAUGCUUAUAACAAGCACUCUGGUCAAGGUGGAUAUGAUACGUCUGGAAACUCAGUGGCUUUGGAACAGAAUGAGCCAUCACAUUCUCAGGAAACACAAAGGCCAUACAGGGUUCUCUUAAAGCCCCAAGAUGGGAGGUUUGGGAAAGAUGAAGCAAAGCGAGAAGAAUUUCCAGCAAAUAGACUCCCGAAUACAGAGAAGAUAGCUCAACAGAUGCAAACUUCGAAAAACAGGAGAGAAAACAGCAAUGAGGCAAGUGGUGACGUACAACCAAUUAAGGCAGAAUAUGCUGCCCCUGAAGAUCCCAGUUUGAUUAAAAAAAUAGAGGGCUUAAAUGCAAAGAUUAGAACUAAUGAUGGUUGGCAAAAUGCUUCAUCCGUCGUCAAUAGAGACCAGCAGGAAAGCAAAACACGUACAGUCAAUUCUGGGAACUCUGUGAAUUCAGUUUCAGCAAGAAUGCCUCGAACUGGUCAUGCAAGUGAUACUAAGAACUCAUUACACUAUAAACAAGGUGAUCCAGCCACAAACAGAAAUACUGAGCUGGCAGCUAUUAGUGGAACUGCCAUAUCCAGGAGAUCUACACAACAGACUCAAGGCAGAGCAGAUUAUCAGACAAAUCAAAGAGUGAACAGUGAAGGCAAUGAUGGCUGGCGGAAGACAAUCGUUAUGGCAGGCUCCUCCCCUGCAACUGUAGCUGCAAACUCAGAAAGCUUUGCCGAGGUAAAUGUAGGCGACUCUUUGGAUACCGAUUCCAUGGGGAAGCCUGGGUCUGGAAUAUCUGUAGACCCAAAUGACAACCAGCGUACUACGAUGAGAGAGUUAGCCAGGCAGCGUGCUCAGCAGAGGCAGAAAGAGGAGGAAGAAAGAGCAAGAGAUCAGCGGGCUAAGGCUCUUGCAAAACUAGAAGAGUUGAAUAGACGUUCCCAAGUAGCUGGGGAGGGUUCAGUCAAAAACUUGGAAGGUGCAUCUAAUGCUUCUAUCCCUGACAUCCCAGAAGAUACUCGGUCUCUUUCACCUGCACUUUUGGCAUCAAACUCAGAUGAUGUACGUGUCCGUUCAUCUGUUGAAAAGAAGAUCACUGUUGCAGCUGCAAAGUCUAUAGAAUCUACUGGAGAAUCAGGAAAAACCUCAAUGCAAGACGCGAUGAAUUCAAACGAAUAUGCAAAUAAUGUAGGUCCUACUCAACAGGAUAAUCUUCCACGCGAUCGUGAUGGCGCCGCCUCGAAACAGAAGCACUUGGGUUAUAGGCAGAAGCAAAAUAUCGCAUUUGAGAAAAAAAUGGCCGGGAACUCUUUCUCCGUUGCUACUACAGAGGUGUUCGAUGUUGUUCCAUCUCCUGAGGUGUCAAAUGCCGGUGUUUUAAGUCAUAACUCAGACAUGCCUGCAACGUCAAGUGUUUCAACAGAGUCAACUUUCCCAAAAAGGAAGAAUAACAGGAAUGGUAAGAAAAAGCACAAGGUUGAGGAGACAACAACAAUGAACACGACAAGAGUUGCCGUUGGAAAAGAAACAAAAUCAGGAGAUGAGUCAAUUGAGAUUGGUAGGGCAAGGGUUGCAGAAACAGAGUUGGGGUCUGUUUCAGGUCCAAGCUUGGAUAACAAAGUGUCUGGUAAUUCGUCUGAACAAAUCAGUUCCUUGGCUGAUGGAGAGUCCCAAAGCAGAGCAAAAAACAACUGGAAACCUCAACAUUUGCGUAGGACUCAAAGAAACUCAGUGCCCAUAGUAAAGGAAAUGGCUGAGCAAACCGUCAGUAAAAAUCCAAUUCCCGCUGUUCCUGAAAAGGUAGAGAAUGUUUUGCAGAAAGAAAAUUGUGGAGGUGAAGGUACAGGAAUUCUCCAACCUUCUGCUUCAACCGCGGGGAAAUUUGGGUCACCUUCAAAGUCAAGACAUGGGAAUGGUAGGCAGGGCAAGCAUGGUAGGGAUCAUGGAUCAUGGCACCAGCGAGGUUCUGCAGCAUCUACUAAAGCUUUGGAGGAAGGACAAUUUGUAACCUCAAACCAGCCCAUCCGAGGAACAGUGAACUACCAGACAAGUAAUCAAACUGAAAAAAUAGCCGUAGCCGCUUCUAAGGAUCAAACCACAUUUAAUGCUGAUGGAUGGAACGAUGGCUGGUAUAUGACUCCUGAAACGCAUUACUCUGCUGUUGAAGAAAGUGCUCCUGGAGCCGUUGUUGCUGGAAAAGAUCAGGGAAUGGGCAUUCACGGUAAGCAGCAUGCUUCCAGAAGCAACAAAGAUGGAGGCAGUAACUAUGGCGACCCUAAAAAAGCGAAUAAGAGGGAUUCUAGUAAAGCUCAUAUGCAGCAGUCUGGCCAUGGGUUAGGUCAACCAGAUCUCCCUGUUGCUUCGAAAGAAAGUCGUGUCCCUGGGGAUCAUGUGUCGCACACAGCAGUUGCCGCUAAUGUUAAUAGGGCAGGUAAGUAUGGUGGUCGUGAAAAUACGAGGGACAAAGCUUAUGUAUCUCAGAAAAGGGAUGUUGCUGGAUACGAACAUCGAGGGUUUACUUCAGAUCAGAAAAUGGCAUCAGCUGAUACACCAGCCCAGUCUCAAAACCGAUCGACCAGUAAGGAGGUCCAGGUGGAGCAAAAUCCGAAUAGUAUGUUCCAAAAGAACACAGGCCAAAGUCGACGGGUUGGGAGAGGGCAGGAGUCACAAGGAGGUUGGGGUACAUCAGUGCAAGAGAAUGUGCACCAUCAGCAUCAGAGGCCAGCUUCCAACAGAGAUAGACAGAAGCAAAAUGUGCAUUACGAAUACAAGCCUGUUGGGUCACAUGCUAAUGACGUUCGUGAACAAGUGAAAGACAGUUCUCAGACAGAAGGUCCAAGAUACAGGGAGACGGGACAGGGACAACAAAGGCAUGGUGGACAAAAGUUGUACCAACAGCAAAGGGGUGGUGGUGCUGGGAGAAACACGGUAAGAGCUGCGACGCAGAGGCUUAUUGCAUUUGGAGAUAUGUCCAUUGAGGAAGCUAUUUCGUAUGGCACAGCAUAUUACCUCUCUCGCGAUUCCCAAUUAGGGUUUCUUCGCUUCCCUUUCUCCCUUCUCUUGAGUCCGCGAGCGAUGGAUUCUACUACUGCACUCGUCGUCAAGGUGAGCCAUGGAGGUGUGCUUAGACGCUUCAGGGUACCUGUUAAAGCUAAUGGGCAGCUUGAUCUCGACAUGGCUGGUCUAAGGGGAAAGAUCGCUGCUCUCUUUAAUCUCUCCGUGGAUGCUGAUUUUUCUCUGACUUACUCUGAUGAAGAUGGGGAUGUGGUGGCUCUUGUUGAUGACAACGACCUGUUCGAUGUCACGAAUCAGCGCCUUAAGUUCUUGAAAAUUAAUGUGCAGUCGAACACUGGUAUGCCCACAAGCCCUGUUGCUCCAGAGAGUGGUGGGAGUUCAACAGCUACGGGCACGCCUAACAGCCAAAACCCGGUUUCCAAAAUCCAAAAGGGUAUAAACGAUGUUCUGAUGGCUGUACCGAACCCAAUGCGUGACACCAUAUCCAAGGUCUAUAUUGACCUUACCUCUAAAGCAGCAUGUUCUAGCCCUGUGGUUGGUGAGCUGCUCGAUUGCGUCUCCAAGCUAGGGCAGUUCGCAAUUCCUCAGGAAAGUGGUCCUUCUUCUUCAGGUCCUUCCCUGAGCAGGGAGGUUCCUUCCGCUGGUGAAAAAAAGGAUGCCUCUGAGAGGACCCAGACCGGGAAAAAACCUGCUAAUCUGAAUGAACCUGCUGAUCCGAAGACUUCUGGUCAUGUACCAACCUCCUGGGCACCGGGUGCUAGUUUCAACGAGUGUCCCUUCAGUGGCAGUACCGUGAAUGACUCCAGUCCGAAUCCAGCUAACCUCAGCAAGCAUGCCCGUCGUGCAUGUCACUUGAAAAAGAGCAGUAAUGGUGAUUACUGGACCUCACUGGGAGUCUUCCAUAAGGGUAUCCGUUGUGAUGGAUGUGGAGUUGUUCCUAUAACUGGGCCUAGAUUUAAGUCUAAAGUCAAAGAAGACUAUGAUCUUUGCAACAUCUGCUUUUCGGUUAUGGGUAAUGAAACCGAGUACACAAGAAUGGAUAAGCCUGUAUCAUUUCAACAUAUACAUCCCUUUAGAGGGCAACUUACACCGUUUUCGAACCCUUGGUUGAGCCACCCUGUGCCGCGGCCACCCCAUGGAGGUCUACAUUUCAGAUGUACACGGCCUAAACUAGACAGUCGCUUUGUCCUCGAUGUGAACGUACUUGAUGGAACAGUUGUUGCUCCAUCUGCUCCAUUCACUAAGAUUUGGAAAAUGAGGAACAAUGGUUCUUUGGUGUGGCGGCGUGGCACACAGAUAGUCUGGAUCGGUGGAGACAGAUUCAGCAACUCACUGUCAGUUGAUUUACAGAUUCCAGCGGAGGGUGUGACUAUCAAUAGUGAGCUUGACGUAAAAGUUGAUUUUGUUGCACCAGAGUUACCUGGUCGUUACAUUUCAUAUUGGAGGAUGGCUUCCUCUAGUGGUGCCAAGUUUGGGCAACGUGUUUGGGUGUUGAUACAUGUUGAUGCAUCCUUGAAGGGUUCUGUUGUGAAUGAGUAUCAUGGACUGAACUUGAAUGCCUUCCCUGAUGAACAUUUAUCAAGAGAAUUCACAGGGAUCAAUGUGAAUCAUGAGCCAGCUCAAGCUGGCAGCUCCAGUGUUAAUCCUAUAACAGUGGAAGGUGCAGAUGUAGAAGGAGAAGCUGAUGAAUCACAAAUCCCGGAAAAAGAUGACCUGCUGGUUGGUGAAGUUGAUCCUGCUAUUCCUCGCACUCAUAGCCCAUCUUCAUCUUCUUCAUCAUACAACAUAAUCGAUCUCCCAAAUAUGCCUACUGCUGAGGCCUUGAGUGGUGGUGGUUCUUCAUCUCCAACUACAAAGGACAUCCCAGUGCCUCGUCAAGAGGAUAUAGAAAAGAAUGAGGUUGAGCUAACGAUGCUUAAGGAGCUCGAGGAAAUGGGUUUCAAGGAGAUAGAUUUGAACAAGGAGAUCCUGAGGGACAACGAGUACAACUUGGAGCAGUCUGUUGACGCUCUUUGUGGAGUUAGCGAGUGGGAUCCCAUCCUGGAGGAGCUUCAGGAAAUGGGCUUCUGUGAUGAUGUGACGAACAAGAGGCUGCUGAAGAAGAACAAUGGAAGCAUUAAAGGCGUGGUAAUGGAUCUCCUCACAGGGGAGAAGGAGGCUUAAUGCUGCUGCUACUAUCGAUUCUGGCAACUCUUUUCUAUCAGGAUAUAUAUAUAUAUAUAUAUAUAUAUUAUGUUUUAUAAAUAAAAACCUGAUUAGGUAUGUGGGGCUUCGUGUUUGCGUUAAUAGCAGCGACCCACUUGGUGUGUUCCUUUGCUUUGUGUUUGGAUGGAUGAUGCUACUUAUCUGAAAUAACUCUUUAAUUCUUUGCUAUGUUAGUUCUUAUUUAUCUAUUCUGUCAUUCUGGCAAAUUAUUCUGCUCCAUUUAGCUAAAUAAAUAAAAAAAAGUAAUAAAAUAUAAAA